AAAUCAGAACUUAGGUAGAUAAACAGUGAACUGUGUCAUAGUCCAAGCGUUGCACUCUCCAGAUACCGUUAUCAAAUUCAUCUGCAAGUAAAUAAGUACAUUAGCCACUCAUACGCAUAACUUUCUACAUCAUUAUAUUCAAACAGUCGGGGCCGCGCCGUCGGCAUGGCAUCACGUCUUCACUAUUUUCCACGAUUCUCGACCUCGGUCAUGAUCAAAUUAACGUCGUCACCACUAUUUUUGUCCGUUACGAAAUGACCACGUCAUCAACGAUUACCUCAUACCUACCUAUUAUUAGAUAACUACGCAAGCCGGCAUCAAUUCACGCCCUAGUAACCAAUUCUCAGUGCAACAAAACGAACGCGUCCGCAAAAAUGAAAAAUUACGUUCUCGCCUAUUUCCUUGCGACCCUAUUCGUUGCAGACUGUUACAGAAUUCUCGGGAUAUUCCCAUCGUUGGAUCGGAAUAAUUAUCUGACUUACCGUAGUUUGUUUAGAGAGUUAGCUACGCGCGAGCAUGAAGUGACUCUGAUUACACAUUUCCAGCUCCCUAACCCACCAGCUUCGUAUAAGGAAGUGCUGUUAAGUGAUCAACAAGUGUAUAAAGGUCUGUCGUACGAAUCUGUUAUCGUGAAUGAAGUGUCGCGAGUGCCGUUCGAGACACUAGUGUCGACUAAGACGGGCAACGACGACUGCAAGAAGCUAAUGAAUAACAAUCACGUAUUGCACAUGAUCAAGACGCGACCUCGCUUCGAUGUCGUUUUAGUCGAGUCGUAUAACAGCGAUUGCGGUAUAGCAUUGGCGGCCAAUCUGAGCGCUCCGUACAUCGCUUUCAAUCCUCAGCCCAUUCAAGCGUGGCAGUACAACAGGCUGGGAAUCAAUUUCAAUUCCGCAUCCGUACCUUUGGCUAGCCUUCCGUAUGGAAAGGAUCCUUGGUACUUUGACAGACUGAAGAGCUAUGUUCUGUAUCAUAUUACGAAUUGGGUGUACUACGUUGGGUCGCAAGUGACGGACCACGUAUAUUUGUACAAGUACUUAGGAGAUGAUGUGCCGAGCUUGGAGAGCAUGGCGGCAAACGCCAGUUUGGUGUUUGUAAACACGCAUCAGUCGGUGUUCGGCGGUACUGCCAGACCUGAUAACGUUAUCGACAUCGGAGGCGUUCAUGUUAAUCCGCCUAAAGCAUUGCCAAUUGAAAUUGAAAGAUUCAUAAACGAGGCAGAGCACGGCGUUAUAUACGUAAACUUGGGCUCCGCGACGAAAGACUCGACGAUGCCAGCUGAAAAACUAAGUGAACUGUUAUCAACAUUCAAUAAAUUGCCUUUAAGAGUACUUUGGAAAUGGGACGGAGGCAGUAUUGAGAAUUUGCCAAGAAACGUGAUGACUAUGAGAUGGUUCCCGCAGUACGAUAUUUUAAAACACGAAAACGUGAAGGCGUUCAUUUCUCACGCCGGCAUCCUGAGCACAAUAGAAGCACUAGAUGCCGGUAUACCAGUUGUGGCAGUUCCACUUUUCGGAGACCAGUAUGGUAACGCGGCCGCCCUUCAGGACGCUGGAGUCGCCACCAUCGUGUCUUACCAGGAGUUGACGAAGGAAUACCUUUUGAAUGCUAUCAAUGAGGUCUUGGAUCCCGGUACUCAGCAGCACGCAAAGUUCCUGUCCAAAGUGUGGCACGACCGUCCAAUGUCGCCUCUAGAAACCGCAGUAUACUGGACAGAGUACGUCGCUCGAUACAACGGCGCGCCGAACCUCCAAGCGACAUCUGUGAACAAGCCCUGGUACCAGCAACUACAGCUAGACGUCUUGGCUUUCAUCGCUUUAGUCGCGUAUGUCAUGAGCUACGUUUUGUGUAAAAUCGUCGGAGCGCUCUGCUGUUGCUGUUCUAAUCCUGAGACGAUCAGCGCUGAUGCGGAGGAAAGGAGAACUAAACGUGUUAAAUUCGAAUGAAGCGUUGCGAAAAAGUGGAAAAUUUAAGAUCAAUGUGAUAGAACUAAAAUCAGCAUUUUCUGUUUACUGGAAAGUUUUCUAGUUAGUAAAAAUAAGGAAGUUAAAAUGAUAAGUAGGUACCUACUUACAUAGGUAGUUGUAUCUUAUUUAGUAACUUUAGAUACUCAAUUAUACUUAUUUAUGAUUUGUAAACUCAUGGAAACGAUUCAGCCCGAUUUAAUUACAAUUGAGGCUUUCUGCAUUUCUUAGGUUCAGCGAAUAGUGAAAUCAUCAUCAUCAUCAUCAUCAUAAGGCCUCGUACAUCUUUACAGAUGAUGACAGCGUUUGAAUGCGCGACUAUAAAUACCUAUCUGACAUGAAAGUCCGCAUUUCUUACAUUUAAAUUAAGAUCCAAUCGCCGAGGAGACAGUAUCGCGAUUGUGUCUUUUUGCACGCUUUACGGCUACUAAGAAGACCGUAAUCUUAGCGCAGGGUUACACUUGCCAGCCGUCCACCUUGCUGGAGAGUGAGCCUUAGAAGUCGUUGAUAAGUUCUGUUAUCUCGGAUCGAAUAGUGAAAUAGAGUGGCUUAAAAGUUAUGUGACUUAUGUGGUAUAACUAAACUAAUAGAAUAGAUAAAGUGACGGGUUUCUUUAAAAGCAGAUGAUAUUUUGUCUACGAUACAUUAUUUGGGUGAAUCAACUUUUUCUUACUUUUUGCAAUAAUUGCCCAUACUUAUUAUUAGCUCUACUUUUGUGAGUUUUAACCUGGCCAUCGUGAAUAAAGAUCCUUAUUUUUAUUUUACAUUAAGG